CCCUCCCUCUCCUCCUCCCCGCGGUGCUUGUUAGAGGAGUAUCGUGGAAAGAGUCCUAUCUCUCUGAGGUGAUCUGACACACCAAGGAAGACUCACAAAUGAGGGAGCAAAGCGAGAAGUAAAAUAAAAACAAAAGCAUAAAGCUCUCUCUGAAAGACAGGGUGGCCUGCGGGGACGAAGAGGAUAGAUAAAUAAACCCGCCCCGACGCUGACAAGGAGGAUAGACUAUCCUCUAGCACCGCAAAGAUGGGGAACCGGGGAAUGGAGGAUCUGAUUCCUCUGGUGAACCGCAUGCAAGAUGCCUUCUCGGCCAUCGGGCAGAACGCGAACCUGGACCUGCCGCAGAUCGCCGUGGUGGGCGGCCAGAGCGCGGGGAAGAGCUCGGUUCUGGAGAACUUCGUCGGGAAGGAUUUCCUUCCUCGUGGUUCUGGCAUCGUGACCCGUCGUCCUUUGGUUCUUCAGCUGAUGAACUCCCCUACAGAAUAUGCAGAGUUCCUCCACUGCAAGGGCAAAAAAUUCACAGAUUUUGAUGAGGUGCGACAGGAGAUUGAGGCGGAGACUGACCGCAUCACGGGAGCCAACAAGGGCAUCUCCCCCGUCCCCAUCAACCUGCGUGUCUACUCUCCUCAUGUGCUGAACCUGACGCUGGUGGACCUGCCGGGAAUGACCAAGGUGCCGGUCGGAGACCAGCCUGCAGACAUCGAGGCUCAGAUCAGAGACAUGCUGUUGCAGUUUGUGACCAAGGAGAACUGCCUCAUGCUGGCCGUUUCCCCGGCCAACUCAGAUCUGGCCAACUCUGAUGCUUUAAAAAUUGCCAAAGAGGUCGACCCUCAGGGAAUGAGGACCAUAGGGGUGAUCACCAAGCUGGACUUGAUGGACGAAGGGACAGACGCUAAAGACAUCCUGGAGAACAAGCUGCUUCCCCUGCGCAGGGGUUACAUCGGCGUGGUUAACAGGAGCCAGAAGGACAUUGACGGAAAGAAGGAUAUUAAUGCUGCUAUGGCUGCUGAGAGGAAGUUCUUCCUCACCCACCCUGCUUACAGACACCUGGCUGAACGCAUGGGCACGCCCUACCUCCAGAAAGUCCUCAAUCAGCAACUGACCAACCACAUCCGGGACACCCUGCCGGGUCUGCGGGCGAAGCUGCAGAGUCAGCUCCUCUCCAUAGAGAAGGAGGUGGAGGAGUACAAGAACUUCAGACCCGAUGAUCCGUCCCGCAAAACCAAGGCCCUCCUCCAAAUGGUGCAGCAGUUUUCAGUGGACUUUGAGAAGUGCAUAGAGGGCUCCGGAGACCAGAUUGACACGGCCGAGCUGUCGGGCGGCGCGAGGAUCAAUCGCAUCUUCCACGAGCGCUUCCCCUUCGAACUGGUCAAGAUGGAGUUUGACGAGAAAGAACUCCGCAAGGAAAUCAGCUACGCAAUCAAGAACAUUCAUGGAAUCAGAACUGGCCUCUUCACCCCGGACAUGGCCUUUGAGACCAUUGUGAAAAGGCAGAUUGGGAAGAUUAAAGAGCCUUGCACCAAAUGUGUGGACAUGGUCAUUUCUGAACUAGUCAAUACAGUUAGGCAGUGUACCAAGAAGCUGGCCCAGUAUCCCAUGUUGAGAGAGGAGAUGGAGAGAAUCGUCACUCAGCACAUCAGAGACAGAGAAAACCGCACCAAGGGUCAGGUUAUGUUGCUGAUUGAUAUUGAAUUGUCCUACAUGAAUACGAACCAUGAAGACUUCAUUGGAUUCGCAAACGCUCAGCAGAGGAUCAAUCAAAUGAACAAGAAGAAGAUGGCUGGAAAUCAGGAUGAAAUCAUGCCGGAGAGAGGAGUUAACGAUCGGUACAAGGUGAUCAGGAAGGGCUGGCUGACCAUCAACAACAUCGGCAUCAUGAAGGGAGGAGCCAAAGAGUACUGGUUCGUCCUGACCGCGGAGUCUCUGUCCUGGUACAAAGAUGAUGAGGAGAAGGAGAAGAAGUACAUGCUUCCAGUGGACAACCUGAAGCUGCGGGAUGUGGAGAAGGGCUUCAUGUCCAGCAAGCACAUCUUUGCGCUCUUCAACACUGAGCAGAGAAACGUGUACAAGGACUACCGUCAGCUGGAGCUGGCCUGUGAGAGCCAGGAAGACGUCGAUGCCUGGAAGGCCUCCUUCCUCAGAGCCGGAGUUUAUCCUGAACGCGUAACCGAGAAGGAAGGAAAGAGCGAAGGCGGCGAUGAAAAUGGCUCGGACAACUUCAUGCACAGCAUGGACCCUCAGCUGGAGCGGCAGGUGGAGACGAUCCGCAACCUGGUCGACUCCUACAUGGCGAUUGUCAACAAGACCGUGCGCGACCUGAUACCGAAGACGGUCAUGCAUCUCAUGAUUAACAAUACAAAAGAGUUCAUUAACGCUGAGCUGCUGGCCCAGCUCUACUCAUGCGGUGACCAGAACACUCUGAUGGAGGAGUCUCAGGAGCAGGCGCAGCAUCGCGAUGAGAUGCUCAGGAUGUACCACGCCCUGCGGGAGGCGCUAGGCAUCAUCGGCGACAUCAGCACAACCACAGUGAGCACAUCAAUGCCGCCGCCGGUGGAUGACUCCUGGCUGCAGGUCCAACGCAGCGGAUCCGGAGGAAGGUCUCCAGCGACCAGUCCAACUCCAAAUCGCAGGGCUCCACCGGGCCCACCAGCUCGCCCGGGCUCCCGCGGACCCCCACCGGGGCCUCCUCCUGCUGGGGGCCCCCCAGUACCAUCUCGCCCCGGAGCGUCUCCAGAUCCUCACGGCGGGCCGCCUCCCACCGUGCCCUCCCGGCCUAACCGCGCGCCCCCCAGUGUGCCAAGAGUCACUAUCACUGACCGAUGAAGACUAACGUUUCUCGUCGGAGACCCCCGCCUUCUCCAACACACUAGACCUCAGAGCUCCUUCCUCCCUCCUUCGUUUCCCCCCUCUGGACGAGCGAGAGAGAGAGAGAGAGAGAGAGGCGCUUCGGACAACAGCGCCACCUUCCUCUCAUCUACUGCCCGGUCUGACCCUCCUGUUCCCACCUCCCAUCCCUCCCCCAUCCGCCCCUCUGUUUUCACACAGAGAAGCAGAAUACUUGAACGCAUGACUUACGUACAACUUUGUUCCUCACAAUUUAAUCGCAGAGACCAUGAAAUGAUCAUAUUAGACAACCGAGUCAACGUAUUGUAUAGCCACGCAAGUUCAAAGCAGAAUGCUUCCCCUCCUCUUGUAUCGAGAGGGGUUAAACAUUUGCGAGGUUAGCAUGAAUCUCUGCCUGAGCUUCUCGAAAGCGUCGUCUCAGUUUUAACAUUCGUUUCAUUUCCUUUCAUCAGGAUUUGUUUGCUCACCUUUGUUUUUUUUUUUUGUUGUUUUUUUUUUUUGACGAACAGAAUGAUGUAAAACCAGAACCUUUUAUUCAGGAUGGGGAAGUGCUUUACAUUAUUAGAUGUUUGUUUGUUUUUUUUUUUUGAACAUAAACAUCAUAUUAGUAGCGUGAUGCAUGCUUUGAGAUCGUGAAAGACUUACUCCAUCUUUGUGUUGUAAAGAAAUUAGAGCAAUGUGGUUUUUCUUUGCAACAUUUGCUGCUCAGUGGUGGAAGUGUUUCUGAUGUGCAAACGGAAUUCAGUCUAAUUGUUUUGGGGUUGUUGUUUUUUUUUUUUUUAUCCAGAUUUUAAUUUGUAAUCUUCCUUAAAAAAAAAAAAAAAGAAAGAAAGAAAGAAAAAGCAAGCAAGGAAACAAUCUUAUUAGUUUUUAUCAUAUCAUAUCUCUUUUAACAUACUUUCUUUUCUUGUUGAUGGAGUUUCUCUUUUGAUCUUUCAUCCUGCCAAAUUAGUUCUUGUUUGAUUUUUCUAUGUUCCUUAAACAGUUUGGUCAAACAAGGGUGGGUCAUCUCAUACAGACACCCCCAAAUACCAUUUUCCUCUCUCUCUCUCUCUCUCUCUCUCUCUCUCUCUCUCUUUUUUUAAAGCUAAUCCAUGCUUUCCCACUGUCCAAAUCUAUAAAGCAGCAGCACCACCCAGGUGAGGAAGACGUGGAUGACAUCUGAAUUCUUCAAUUUGAAAAACCUGAAUGGACAAAAGUCUUCUUCGUUUUUCCCUUUUAUUCUCUCUAUCAUCAGAAUCACGUAGCGGAUCCUCUUAUUUUGCCAGUCGCAGUCUUCAGAAAGUCUCACUGUUGCUAAAGCUUUGUCACAUCCUCGUCUUAAAACUGCUGCGCUCUCAGAUAACCUAUGCAAAAGAGAAAAGUGGUUUCUCGGUCUUUUUAUGGCAAAAAGAUGCAUCUAAUACAGAUUAUUUCCCCCUUUUGUUCCUCUGCUUAUCAAGGCAUUACUACUACUGCUUAAUGUUGCAGAGGGAUUUUUUCAACUUUCUCUUCCACAAAGGACAGAUUUGGAAAGUUUAGUGGAGGGUAAGAGAUUUAAUUGAGGAGUGUCAAACUGAAGUGGGCCACAUUCCAAUUUGUCAAAACCUUUUUUCUUUUCCACUGGUGAAUCAUGUAUUUUUAAUUUUUUUUAAUUCAUUUAUUCCACUAAAGCAAACUGAAGGUUGGGAUUGCAUUGCAGCAACAUGUGAGAAAGGUUCAAGAGGUCUGAAUGCUUCUGCGACUGCGCCGCAUAACUGAACAAAACGAAACCAGAGAAGGAGACUUUGUGACCCGAGUUGUUUCUUUAGACCGUUAACUCUUCAUGUAGAGUGUAAUACAAGAUGGUGGCCUCGUAACUCAGGUUAGUCAGGUUUGAGCACAUGAUGCCUCCAAUGUUAAAUUAAACAGGAAAAAUAUUUUUAAAAAAUGCAUUCAAGUUGCUGAUCUGCCAUUUCUUCUUUCUCUCUUUUCUCCUGCUCUCUUUUCUCUCAGUGGUCACGGGGGUGAGUGAGAACAUGAACAGUCCCAGUCUAUGCAUAAAGUACCACUGCUUGUGUUGAGUUGUCACAUUACUGAGCAGAAACCACCUUUCAAUCCCUUCGUUUUUCUGCCACUGAGCUCUGCUGUCAGUGUUACGUGUUGUAUUUUGACCCCAAACACAAACAACCCACUAGCCUUACCUUAUCCUGUGAUCAUCACUAGAAAGAAAAAAAAAAAUCACCUAUUUGUGCAUCUCUGAUGUCAACAUCUGCAAAGCAAACAUGAAGUCAUAUCCGAUGUAACAGUAAUUAGUUUAUUAAUGUAUUCGUGUGGUGCAUUUUAUUAGACAUGUACUCUCUUCUGUUUAGAUCAUUUAGUCUACAUUGUAUGCAGCAUCGGAAUAUUUAAACCAUGAGUAAAGGAGCAUAACAGAAUACUUGAAAAAUAAUAAUAAAAAAACUGUGCUGUAAAUGGAUGCUGGCAGGUUGUUUGAUACUUUUGCUUGCAUCAGGGAGGGUGUAUUUGUGUUUUCUCUCUGAAUUUAUAAAAUGUUAGACGGACGGUGUGUGUAAACUGGCUGAGGACAAGUCCUGCUGCUUGUCUCAGCUGAUGUGGAAGAAACUGUAAGAGUAUCCUGGAGGACUGCUGUACUGUCAACUACAUAUUAAAAGACCUCUGUGUGCUGUA